AUGGUACUACUUAAAGAACCUGUUCAGCCGCUGCCUCAAUCAUCUCUGUUAUAUAAUAAUGCGAGCAAUAGUAGUAGUCGUAUAAAAGAGACAAAAAAAGUCAAAUUAUCUUAUAAUCCCUUAACAAAGAGACAAAUCCUUAACAACUUUGAAAUUUUAGCCACUUUGGGUAAUGGACGGUAUGGCAAAGUGAAAUUAGCAAGGGACCUCGACACAGGUGGGUUGGUUGCGAUAAAAAUUCUUAAUAAAUUCGAAAAAAGAAGCGGCUAUUCUCUUCAAUUAAAAGUAGAAAGUCCAAGGGUUAAUCAAGAGAUCGAGGUAAUGAAAAGAUGUCAUCACGAAAACGUUGUGGAAUUAUACGAAAUUUUGAAUGAUCCCGAGAGCUCAAAAGUUUAUCUUGUAUUGGAAUAUUGCUCAAGGGGGCCCGUUAAAUGGUGUCCAGAAAACAAAAUGGAGAUAAAAGCGGUGGGGCCUUCAAUACUCACUUUUCAACAGUCGAGGAAGAUAGUUUUAGAUGUGAUAUCGGGUCUGGAGUAUCUACAUUUCCGGGGAGUAACGCAUCGAGAUAUCAAGCCAUCGAACCUGUUAAUUUCAUCAAAUGGAACAGUGAAAAUAUCUGAUUUUGGCGUUGCCACUUCAACUGCCGCCGGAAGUACUAAUAUUCAAUCAUCGCAUGAACAACUUUUACAAUAUAAGGCAUUAGGAACUCCUGCUUUUCUUGCGCCUGAGCUUUGUUCCGCUGAAAGGGCAUGUUUCUGCCCAUUCGCCAUUGACAUCUGGUCAUUGGGGGUUACUCUGUACUGUUUGUUGUUUGGAAGAUUACCCUUUAAUGCCAAUUCUGGAUUGGAACUAUUCGACAACAUUAUCAAUAAGCCUUUAGAAUUCCCGUCUUAUGACGAAAUGUUAAACCGUGGCACCUCAGACAUCACAGUCGAAGAGUACAGUGAUGCUAAAGAUUUACUGAACGAGCUAUUGCAGAAAGAUCCUGAUAAGCGGAUAAAAUUAGCAGAAAUCAAGGCACAUCCAUUUAUAUGCCAUUAUGGUCAAAAUGUUGCGACAUCCCUAUUGACCAAUUUGGAGACGUUCCGUGAGUUCAAAGUUUCACCACCCUCUUCAUGCAAAAGGGUAGAAUUGCUCAGCCUACCAGUAAAUUCGUCUUUUGCCUCUUUAGAUAGCGUUUAUAUGGAAAAUUUUGAUUACAACAACCUUAGGAAUAGUGUUGACAGAAAUUCAACAUAUUUUCCACCAGCAUACGACGCAAAUACCUUAUCACCCUCAGCGUAUCACAGCGUUGGUUCUAGGGAGUCAUCCUAUUCGUCCUUUUCCUCUUUCACAUCAUCCACACCCUUCGCAUCUCAGGUCAGUAUUCAGGAUGCCCCGUCCAUUAGUGAUCAGCAAUGCUUGACAGAUGAGAACGGAAGUUCAUUAAGGGUCAAUUUUUGCGGGCUCCCGCAACAUACAACUAUGUCCCCUCUUGGAGAAUAUUCCUUCGAAGGCACCAGAGCAGAUUUGAGCCCUGCUCUGACCCCUAUCGGUAAUUUGCCUCAACGAAUGAAAGCACACCUGGUGGAAGGGAAAUCUAAUAGUAAGGAUGACCUUAAAAUAGAGGCAGAUGCAUCACUUGUAUUUGAGGCUAGCGACGCCCAGCGUACGAGAAGGCGAAUGUCGCUUUAUAAGCUUUAG